UGUACAAAAAUUCCGGGAAAGGAAAAAUGUAGUUCGUGAAAAAAUAUUUCUAAGUUGUUUUAAAAAAGUUCAAAAGACGUUACCAACAUGAACAAGACUUCGCAAAGAACUGGGCAAACAUUGAAGUUUGUGAGUUUAGUUACUCUCACAGUUCAAAAUGCUAUGGUUGGCCUUAGCAUGCGAUAUUCACGUACCAGAGCAGGAGACAUGUUUCUUUCUUCCACUGCUGUUGUGAUGGCUGAAGUAGUCAAAUUGAUUACCUGCCUUAUACUAGUAUAUGUCGAAGAAGGAAACUUUGAGAAAUUUUACAAAACAUUACAUAUGACAAUCGUGAAGCAACCUAUCGACACUUUGAAAGUUUGUGUGCCAUCCCUUCUCUACAUUAUUCAAAACAAUUUACUUUAUGUUUCUGCAUCCAAUUUAGAUGCAGCUACAUAUCAGGUUACGUAUCAGUUGAAAAUUUUGACGACAGCCUUCUUCGCAGUGACGAUAUUACGUAGAUCUUUACACACUACCCAGUGGGGUGCUCUUGUACUCUUGGUUAUUGGAGUGGUUCUAGUACAAUUGGCACAAACUGUAAAAACACAGUUACCUUCGGGUAUUGAACAAAACCAUUGGUUGGGUUUUUCUGCCGCUUUAAGCGCGUGUUUUCUCUCCGGCUUUGCAGGAAUUUAUUUCGAGAAGAUUCUCAAGGGCUCCGACAUUUCUGUGUGGAUGCGAAACGUGCAAUUGAGUGUGUUAUCUAUACCGUUCGGCCUAAGCACAUGUUUUCUACAAGACAGUAGUAUCAUACGCAAGCAGGGCUUCUUUUUCGGUUAUGAUUUGUUUAUUUGCUACCUAGUGGUCCUGCAAGCAGGUGGUGGACUGAUUGUAGCUAUGGUAGUCAAAUACGCCGAUAACAUAUUGAAAGGAUUUGCUACAUCUUUAGCUAUCAUAAUUUCUUGUAUAGCUUCUGUUUAUCUAUUUGACUUUCACUUGUCGUUCCAGUUUACUCUGGGUGCACUCCUUGUCAUCUGUUCGAUUUUCCUUUAUAGCCAUCAACCGAAAACUGCAUCCCUCGAUAAACAUACAUCUGCUGAGAAAGUCUGAUAAUGGCGAAAACAUAAGAGUAUUUUUAACGAGGUAAUACUUUAUUUAAUAAGUCUUAAAUUCUUAUUAACAGUUAAUAUU